AAAAUAUGAAAGGACUUUAAAAGCUAGAAUAUGAGUGGAAGCGGCUCAUCUAGCGAUCUGAAUUUUUCGAAUAACCCUUUAGUUCGAAGACACCAGCGCAGUUGCGAUGCUAAACCGAAUGAAAAAAAGAUUCCAGAACCUUUCGGAGGUGCUGACUACCAUUGUUUUGUUUGUGGAAGUUCUCAUAACACGAAGUUCAGUUUUGUGAAUCAUUUGGUCGACCAUCUCUCAGACUUGGAUGUUAAUUUCAGCUACAAAACUGGACCUUUAAUCAGACGUGACAUUAUAAACGCUGUUACAGAAAUAACAAACUGUCGAAUUACGGCCGCUGGAGCGAGAGGACGGAAAGUAGUUUCAAAAAAUAAUCCAAUUGGUGCUCAGAAAGACUGCAUUAGCUGUAAAUUGAGAUUUGAAGACGACUGUUUACUGGCGUUACAUGAAAGGCUAGUUCAUCAAAUGGAAAAUGAUCUCAACCCGCAAAAGCUUUUUCUCGUUACGAUGUUCGAGUGUGAUGUGUGUGGUUCAAAUUUUCCAUCUCUAGAUGACCUUGAAGCACACGUCUGUGACUCAGAACAAUCGAAAACGAAGAAAAGAAAUUCAAAGGCCGUAUCUGAGCCAGCUCGUAUGUUGCCGGAAGAGUUCGCGCCAAUACAAUUCAUUCUGCCUUCAUCUUCAACGGUUUUCAAGCGCUUCUUGUGCCAUGUGUGUGAUAUGAUUAUCCUGAGUGAACGGGUAUGUCACUUCCACCUAAUGCGGCAUCAUCCAGACUAUCUAGUACCAGAGGCAACCAACAUAUGUCCUAAGUGCAGACGCUUCUUCAAACUGCUACCAGACCUGGCUAUCCACAUUUCAUCACACCACUGCGAGAGCUCGGACCCCCUUGAGAAACUCAAUAGAAGAAAAGUGAAGUGGGAUUUUGUCUGUGAAGUUUGCAGCCGGUUUUUUAAGAGUUACCGUUACUAUGAGAGUCACAUGAUUACACAUAGAGCAGCCCAAAACAGUCAUUCGCGGUUUAAAUGUAAAGAAUGUGAAGCGGUUUUCCUGAAUUCUCAACAACUUUAUUAUCACCAAAAGAAGAAGUGCUUUAAGUCAAUGCAAGCGAAGAAGGGUACAAAUACUAAAAGUAGUGGCAGUAAACUUCAGGCAUCGAAUGCAACUUACAUGUGUAUCUAUUGUAGCGAGAGGUUAUCCAGCCCUAAAAUACUCGGAAAACAUGUCAAACGACUGCAUAAACAGUUCAUCAAGGGCAAAAGUUUCUGCUGCCCAGACGAGAAUUGUCACCUGUUACUCGCUAGCUAUUCGAAUGUUGCUCGUCAUUUCCGCAAGUAUCAUUUCAAUGAAUGCAGCUUUUGUCAUCGAACGUUUGAUGGAAGCAAGAUCGAAAAGUUCAAGAUUCACAUUCUAAGGCACUCAUUGUUUCGAUUGCGAUGCAACUUCUGUCACCGACUGUGCUACACUAGAAGUAUUUUGAAGACUCAUGUGAGGCAAUCUCAUAGCAACAUGCAUGUGAUGGCCAGACAUCUGUUGACUGUCUGUUUAAAGAGAGUUCGCAAUUCAGUACACGGUAUGGAUUCCAAGACGAGAAAAACGAAUCGCGGAGUAUGGUCUGUAACACCAAGUACGAUAGAUCAAAGUUUGCCCGGAGAACGUUCGCUGCAAUCAAUGGAUUGGAAACACCAGGGAUCAAUGGAAAGUGUGUGCCAUGAAAGAGAAGCAACUGGAGAGUACUGUUUGGGAAACAGUUCAGUAGAGGCCGUAGAUGACACACCCUCUAGUGUGGAGAGAAUGAACUUCUACGGCACCCUUCAAUUGGGAGAGAUUGAACUGCCGCUCUACCAAUUGAACGAAGAACACCUCAAUCACAUCCAGCUGCACAAUACAAUGCCUAUAUUCAGUCUGCUGCCAGCAGCUACACAAGUUAACAGAAUUAACACAGAGGUCGAGGAGCAAACAAAUGAUCAGCAAAUUUAGAACGCGGGGUUGAUUCAAGUGGAACUCAAAAAUGAACUUCAGUUAUAAUAUCAUUUAUAAUUGCUCCAAAGCAUCAAUUAUUAGUUUUUAUAUAAUUUAUAAUUGCUCCAACGCAUCAAUUAUUAUUUGAAGUUUUUCGUGUUCGUAAA